AUGCCGUUGUAUAUUGUCGAGGAUCAAUACAUUGAUCCUGCGCCGCCUACGGAUGCAUGGGCGGCCUUUCUUGCGGCUAGGUUUUCCAAAAGGGCGGAGCUGUACGAAAGCUUCUCCGAUCAUGAGCGGGAGAUUGUCAAGAAGGAACUGCGCCGCAUCAAGCAUUUGAGGGAUUUUUUUGACGGGCACCGACUGUCCGCAACCGACGCUACCUCGUUACUCCGUUCAUUGGAGAGGGCGCACGAUACUUGGAGAAACCGCGCGAACCGAGUCUGCAAAGAAGAGCUUCACCGCAUCGAGGUCGGUAUUGCGAGAGCGAGCGGGUAUCGUAGGCAGGAACUCAACCGCCAACGCCUGGUUUUAAAACGGGUCGAACAAUGGCCGGUCCUCGACUACUCGGACCUGCAGAAGGCCGUGGCCCCGGAAAAUUACAUUCCCGGCCUGGAUGCCCUCGACGACGGUUUGGACGACAACCCGGCAGAACCCAACUAUGGGUACAAUGGGUGGGUGGCUGCCUUCAAUAAAGGGCAAGGCGGCGUGACACUGGACCACCCCCUUUGCCACGGGAAGUUCCCGCAUCAGAAGAUCUCCAUGCAAAAGCUGCUGUAUAAUGAGGACCAGACGCCUCUGAAGCGCUCAGCGGACAGGUCACAGUUACGCUACUUCCAUCUUCAGGCAAAUAACAUGAAAUGGGUAGAGGAUGCGAUCGCGAGAUACUACGGGGAAGACUGUUCGCAGCUCGACGCACCACAAGGGCUAUCCCAACGCGGGCUCUACCAGCCGGGCGCUAAGAAGAUGCAGUCAAACACUGAAAAACUUCUGAAGCGUGAGCUCUGGCAUGGGCAGGAGAGAGGAGGGGGUAGCAGCCACCUGCCAGCGCACUCCCGCCAAAUCCGGCCCCGUUGCGCCUUCGUACCCUCGGCGCCAUGGAAGCCCGGCGAGGUUGUGGCUUGUGAGAAUGCCGUUGGCGCCCCGAGUAGUAAAUUGAUGGGGCCAAAUCCGGCCAGCACGUACUACCGGUCGUCAGAAUCCCAGGACAUCGUAUUGUUUAUGCCAUAUUUGCACUGGGAAAUCGAGAAGCGCUUGGUCCGAAUGACGAGCGUGAUUCGGAAGACUCGGCACAUGAAUGAGCGGCAAGGCAACUUCGAACGGCUGAACAAGCGAAAAGGGACAUGGGGGAGUGUCAUCGACCAAGCAAGAGCCUUAGCUAGCCGCAUGGACAGCACAGUCUCCGACGCUGAAGGCUGGCAUGACGACUCCCCACCGUGGAGACCCAAGUCGGCACUCGGGAGCUACUUAUGGCUGGCCGCCAAGCUCUAUUUGCUCAUCGAUGAGGCCGCAGACUGGCGGCUCGUCAAUGAUCACUUGGGCACCUCGUCGCCGCUACAUCCCCGGCGAACCCUCGAGCAGUACUACAACUGGACCUCGGAGGACACCGCGCACAGGGAUCGACAGCAAGUUGUUUACCGCGGAACACGACUUCGAAGUGACCCGGAGGCGAUUCCGAGAGUGAUUAUGGUCGAUCAAAUUUGGCUGUGGGUCUUGGACGAAAACCCGUCCGCUAUCCACAGGGCGAUCCGCGACCGGCUCGCGGGCAUGGACGGCAGCCAUAUCACGUCCAUCUAUGAUUUAACACUCAUUAUCAUUGACGAAUGUUCCAAGGUGUUCUUUGACAGAACCAAGCCGGACCUUCGACCCGAGGUGGUGGAUAUAUUUGGCUCUGCUAUCUCUAACAUUUCAGAGAAGAAGACAGAGGCGUACGAGCGCUUUGGUCGCGACGUCAAGAGGAUGAACAACCAAGACCCCCUGCAAACAGACGAGGAGCUGCUGCGCAAGACCCUCAACAUCAAGUUUGAGUGGUCUGCCUUGAUGGAGGCGCAGAACGUCAUUGACCAGCUCCAGAUCAUGCAGGAGAUCUACUCGCAGCAGAUUACGGUAAUGAUUGACUUUGAAAAGGCUUUGCGGGGCCUGAGUUCCGAGUCUCAGGUCAAGCCUGCCAGUGCGCUCGAGAGAGCCACGCAGUUAAUUUCGGACAUGAAGCUACGUCGGGACGAGCUUGCGGACCUGGAGAAACGCCAGGCAAAUACUAGAAGCCAGCUUCGUGAACUGCUCGAUAUGAAACAGCAGCAGGCCGGUAUCAUCGAAGCGAAAGCGGCGAUCCGCAGGGCGGACGAGACUGUCAUUCAGGGCAGAUCAAUCGUGGUGUUUACUGUUGUCACUAUCUUCUUUGUGAGCCGCCCCCGCCAUGCCGACAUGUGUAAUCCCAUUAACCAGAGUCCAGUUGCCGCUUUCUUUCUUCGCCACUGUCUUUGGUAUGAACGCCCAGGAACUAGACAGCGGGACAAUGAGCAUGGGGAUACAGUUCAUGUGGAUGUCCACUCCGCCAGGGCAUUGGUGUUUGGCACAUGCCGACAGGCCUUCGGCUACCUCGUGCGCCCUGUCAAGGGGAACAAGCUGGACCGCAGUAACCUUGCUGCCGCCUCGCCCCGUGCGAUUCGCGAUUUCAUGAUUGCGAAACAGAAGGAAUGGGACUGGGAGACCACCAACCACGGGAACGUUAUCACGAACGGGGCUCUGCCUCUGCAUAAAAAGGGAGAAAAGGGGCGCGCGCCAACGGGGCUCAAACGGUUGUGGAGACGGGAGUCUGAUUGA